AGUGUGCAACAAGUGCAGGCAAGUCCGUUCCCCGGGGGCUGGGGUUGCCUGCAUCUUCCUUGUAAAGAAGGAGGUGCAGGUUUGAAACGCUCAGAGACAGAGGUGGACCAGCCACACCUCCACCCUCAGACUGGCAGGCUCCUCCAGAAGCCCUCAGACAGUGCUGACUGCUCCCAAGCCCCGAGUCACAGAGGAGGUAUCCGUGGCCGCUCCAACCACAACAGCAGCUGUCGCGGCAAAUAGCAGGCCAGGACUGAAGUUUGCCUCCAAUAUGGAAGAUAUUGACUGGGAGAGUUAUAGCUUCGAAGAUCUCUUCGGUGAAAAUUACAGUUACAGCACGGACCUGCCCUUUAUUCCAGCAGACUCUGCCCCAUGCAGGCCAGAAUCUCUGGAAAUCAACAAGUAUGUGGUGGUGGUCAUCUAUGCCCUGGUCUUCAUUCUCAACGUGCUGGGGAACUCCCUCGUGAUCCUGGUGGUCUUACACAGUCGGCUCAGCCAGUCUGUCACCGACGUCUACCUGCUGAACCUGGCCGUAGCCGACCUGCUCUUCGCCCUGACCUUGCCUAUCUGGGCUGCGUCCAAGGCAAAGGGCUGGAUCUUUGGCACGCCCCUGUGCAAGGUGGUCUCGCUCCUGGAAGUCAACUUCUACAGCAGCAUCCUGCUGCUGGCCUGCAUCAGCGUGGACCGCUACCUGGCCAUUGUCCAUGCCACACGCACGCUGACCCAGAAGCGGCACUGGGUCAAGUUCAUAUGCUUAGGCAUCUGGGCCCUGUCCCUGAUCCUGUCCCUGCCCAUCUUCGUCUUCCGCAGGGCCAUCAAUCCGCCCUACUCCAGCCCGGUCUGCUACGAGGACAUGGGAGUCAACACGACGAAACUGCGGAUAGUGAUGCGGGCCCUGCCCCAGACCUUUGGCUUCCUCCUGCCCCUGGCGGUCAUGCUGUUCUGCUACGGACUCACCCUGCGCACGCUGUUCGAGGCCCACAUGGGGCAGAAGCACCGGGCCAUGCGGGUCAUCUUCGCCGUCGUGCUCGUCUUCCUGCUCUGCUGGCUGCCCUACAACCUGGUGCUGGUGGCAGACACCCUCAUGAGGCUCCGGGUGAUCCAGGAGACCUGUGAGCGCCGCAACGACAUUGGCCGGGCCCUGGACGCCACCGAGAUUCUGGGCUUCCUCCACAGCUGCCUCAAUCCCUUCAUCUACGCUUUCAUCGGCCAGAAGUUCCGCCAUGGACUCCUCAAGAUCAUGGCCUUCCAUGGCCUCAUCAGCAAGGAGUACUUGUCCAAGGACGGCAGGCCUUCCUUCGUUGGCUCUUCUUCAGCCAACACUUCCACGACCUUCUGAGCCCCCGGCCCUGCCGCAGGCCCUCGGGGUCCCUCCCUCGCCAUCGGCAUCCCGUCCCGAGCCCCGUGUCCCCUGGCUGUUGACAGUCUCUGUGUCCAGGCAGCCCCCGGUCAUGGUUGCAGGAUGUUGCCACGUCGUCCUCAGGCCCAUUGUGUGGUUUAGAAAGCCUGCCCUGGUUCCCCACCGCCUACUGCCCUUCCUAUGUCGGCUGCUGGAGCUCAGUCCGUCCUACCACUGAGCCCACAGCACUCCGUUCUCUGAGGCAGUUAAAGACAUUUAAAAGGCAUUCUUUUAAGUGACUACAGAAAGUUCCUCCCAUGGGCAGCCAUUGGUGGCAAAGGACAUGAGCUGCUACCCCAACUCUCCCUUUCUUGCUUGGCAGCAAAGUCCACCUCCCUGGAGAGAGGCUGGAAAGGACAGACACUCACUUUCAAAGACUCCCUUAGCUAGGAGGGGCCCUGUCAUGCCCUUCUGACUAGUGAGACUUCAGGGCAAUAGUGUGCUGGUAAAGCACUCUCCUGGGGGAAAGAAGUCCGGAUUUGUAGCAUUUGCCACGUUGCCUGGUGUGAACGCUCCCGCCAUGGUGAUUUCAAGGGUUUUCAGGUAAUGUAAUGAGCUGCUUUCACAAGCAGGUACAAACUGGCUUCAGCACACCAUUGCUUAAGAGGAAGUCUGCUGGGGCCAGGGACUCCUGGGAAGUGUUCCUGACUGAAAAAAAAGAGACACACACACACACACACCCUUGGUUCUCACCUUUGAAUACGGUUGUAGGAUACGAUGUGACAAAGAGGCAAAAAGUGCGCUCAGCACACGUAGGCAGAAGGAGGGGAUGACAAUAAAGAACCCAGAAAGAAACCUGAGCAUAAAUGGUCAAUGAUUUCAACAACGGGCACCACGACUAUUCAAUGGGGAAGGACAGUCGUUCAGCAAAGGGUGCUGGGUAAACCAGAUAUCCACACGCACAGGAACGAACUUGGUCCCUUUCCUUACACUCUAUACAAAAGUUAACUCAAAAUGGAUCAAAGACCUACACAUGAGAGCUUCAACUAUAAAAUGCUUAGUAGAAAUGUAGAGGAAAAGUUUUAUAACAUUGCAUUUGGCAAUGAUUCCUUGGAUUCGACCCCAAAAGCACAGGCAAGAAAAGAACAAAUAGAUAAUGGGAUUUCAUCUAGUUAAAAACUUUUGUGCGUCAAAAGACACUAUCCACAGAGUGGAAAGGGAAAUCACAGAAUGGGAGAAAGUAGUUUUAAAUCCUAUUUUAUACAGUUUACACUCCACAAUACACAAAGAAUUCCUACAAUUCAACAACAAUAACAACAACAACAACAGCAACAAAGACAGAUAAUAACAAGUGUCAGCAAUGAUAUAGAAAAACUGGUGGGACCCUUGUGCAUUAUUGGUGGAAAUAUAAAAUUUGUAGCCGCCAUGGAAAACAGCACCUCGAAAGAUGAAGCAUAGAAUUACUAUAUGAUCCAGCAAUUCCCUGUCUAAGCGAACACCCAAAAGAACCGAAAGCAGAGACUCAAGCAGAUGUUUGUACACUAAUGUUCACAGCAGCCUUAUUCACAACUGCCAAAAGACGACAACCCCCAGUGUACAUCAAUGGGUGAUAGACAAGCAAAAUGUGGAAUAUACAUGCGAUGGAAUGUCGUUCAGUCUUAAAAAUCAAUGAAAUUCUGGUACAUGCUACAACAUGGGUGAACCCUAAAAACAUGAUACAAAGUGAAAGAACAAUAGUGUAUGAUCCCACUUAUUGGAAAUACCUACGAUAGUCAAGUUCCUAGAGACAAGAAGUAAGACAGUGGUUACCAGGGGCUGGACGGAGAGGGAAAUAGGAAAUAAUUGUUUAAUGGGUACACAAUGCAGUUGGGGGUGAUGAAAAGUUUCUGGAGACGGAUGUGGUGGUAGCGGUACAACAGUGUGAAUGUGCUUAAUGUCACUGAACCGUACAUUUAAAACUGGGGGGAAAUGGUACAUUUUAUGUUGUCUGUAUCUUACUACAAUGGAAAAAAAAAAACCAACUGGUUCCCAAAAGGCAAAUUUUAGCAACUGAACCAAUUGUGGAACCAUCUACCUAUAACUUCCUGUUCAGGGAGAUAAUUAAAUGUCUUUUUUUUUUCUUUGUA